AUGUUAGCAUUUGCUGAACAUGCGAGUCAGACAUUGAAAAGAACCAAGACUAAAAAACACAAUGUUCCUUUACGCAGAGUCCACUCUGUCGACCUUAGUAGUCAGAUACAGAUGAGUUGCUGGAUUCCAUCACCUGCAACUGAUAAUUUUUCUUCAAGCAAAAAGCUUUUGAGGAAUGAAAGUUCAGAAUCUGAAGGUGAAAAGAGUUCUGCAGCCAAGACAGAACUUAGUAGUGAUGAGGAUUUUGAACAGAGUAAUGAUAAUUUUGGAGAUUCAGAUAAAAAAAUGAAUGAUCUGGAUGAUGAAAACAAAUUGCAAAGUAAUGUAACAACAAACUCAAUCAACAUCACAUUCUGUAGUAAUGAUAACAAUACUAGCUCUAAUAACACAGAAGACUCGGACCAAAACAGGAAGAUUGCGAAUGAAGAUACAGAUGACAAAUCUUCUUUUACUGUAAACAGUUCUGAAUUUGAUGACAACAAUGGCAGAACACAGAAGGAUGAUAAAGAAAGAUCAAACAAGAACCAGUUUAGCAGUGCUGAAAUUAUUGAGCAGGAUGUCCUAACAAAUUAUGACAAGAACAAGAAUAUUAGCAGUAAUGAAUUUGUUCAACAUGAUGAUGUAACAAGUUCAGAAAAGCUGAAGAUUGUUAGCAGUGAAGUUGUUGAGCAGGAUGAUGAUGUAAUAAGUUUAAACAAGAACAAGAAUGUUAGCAGUGACAAACUUGUCCAGCAUGAUGUAACAAGUUCAGAAAAGAACAAGAAUCUUAGCAGUGAAGCUGCUAAGUAUUAUGGAAUAAUAAUUUCAGAUGAGAACAAGAAUGUUAGUGAUGGUAAAAUUAAUAAGCAGGGUGAUGAAAUUAUAAAUUCAGACAAGAACACAAAUUCUAGCAGUGGUGAAGUUGCUGAGCAGAAUGAUGAAAUUAUAAAUUCAGACAAGAACACAAAUCCUAGCAGUGUUGAAAAUGUUGAGCAGAUCGAUGAAUUAAGUUCAGACAAGAGCGAAGAUGUUAGAAGAGAUUAA